AUGUCUUUAUCUUUUGAAACACACCAAAUGACUCAGCAUAAGACAGAAGACUCGGGUGAGCUGGGGGGAAGCGGCAAUGACUUUGUCAACUUCUCACUUAACCUCAUUGAUCCCAUCAAGUCAACGGACCUGAUCCACGACAAUGGCUGUGGCUUUGGUCUUGUGUCGAAAGCCAUCAUAGCUAGGGCUUCACCAUCGGCAAAGGGUUUUCGUAUCCAGGCGACUGACGAUAACCCUCAGUUUAUCAUGUGCUGCGAAGAGGAGGCGAAGCGAAACAAAUGGCCUUUGGAGGCUCAUGUCAUGGAUGCUCGAGAUCUAGACUUUUCAAACAACCACUUCAGCCACUCUUUCAGCAACUGGCCUUUCCCAUCCCCUCAGGCUGCGAAGUUUGCUUUGGAAGAAGUCCAUCGAACUCUCAAGCCUGGAGGGAUCGCUAUAGUUAGCUCAUUCGAAGUAGCUGCUUCAACGCCAGUACAAGACAGAUUUUCGCAGGAAGAGCAAAUGAAGAACGAAUUGGUGGAGGCAGGUUUCAAUCCUGAUAAGACGCAGGUAUAUCGCAAUGACGCGUUGGUCACGGUUGCUAUCGCUACCAAGGAUUAG